AUGCAGUCUACGGAAAAGAAUACAAGACAGCCUAAUGAUGUUCCAUGGGUGGAGAAGUAUCGGCCGGUAAAACUCACGGAUAUUGUGGGCAACGAAACAACCAUUGCCCGUUUGACCGCUUUUUCAAACACUGGCAACGUCCCCAACAUUAUCAUCGCCCAUANACCUGGCUGUGGAAAAACAACCAGCAUUCUUUGUUUGGCCCAUGCUCUCAUCGGCGACUCAUACAAGGAAGCAGUGCUAGAGCUUAAUGCUUCUAAUGAUCGGGGUAUUGAUGUGGUACGAAAUAAAAUUAAAAUGUUCGCUCAAAAGAAAGUUACUUUGCCCGAAGGAAGGCAGAAAAUUAUCAUUCUGGAUGAAGCUGACAGUAUGACCGAAGGUGCCCAGCAAGCAUUACGCCGGACUAUGGAAAUCUACUCGCGCACGACCCGGUUCGCUCUGGCCUGUAACGAUUCAUCAAAACUGAUCGAGCCUAUCCAAUCUCGAUGUGCUGUGUUGCGUUACACUCGGCUUACCUCUGUUCAAAUCAUGGCACGUUUGCUUGAAGUCGCGCGUGCCGAGAAUGUUUCGUACACAGACGAGGGUCUGGAAGCGAUUGUGUUCACUGCGGAUGGCGAUAUGCGACAGGCAUUGAACAACCUACAAUCCACUUACCAAGGAUUCGAGAUGGUUACGAGUGAAAACGUGUUUAAGGUUUGUGACGAACCGCAUCCAAUGCUAGUGAAACAACUCUUGGACCAUUGCGUCAAAGGCAGUCUAACCGAAGCGCACAAAAUACUACGACAUCUGUGGACUUUAGGUUAUUCGGCCGAAGAUAUUCUCUCCAUUGUGUUUCGUGUUUUGAAAAAUCAUCCUAUGGAAGAGUAUGUGAAGCUGGAGUUCCUAAAGGUAUGUUGUGUUGUAACCGGACAGACUUAUCUCGAUACUAGAUUAUCGAUGGAUCGCUUUCCAAUAAAUUGUUGUUUAUGCGAAAUGAUUUAUCUGUUAAAGAUACCAUCUUUCCUGAGUCGCUUAAGUGUUCUUCAUCGAACAUCGGAAGUGCAGCAUACUUAG